AUGGAUAGGAUAUUUUACAACUCAAACCUGCGUGACCCCAUAACAAAUUACCCCAUAUACAUUUUCGACACUUCAUAUCUUCCAUCGACUGACGUGAUUAAUUAUGAUAAGCUAAUACCGGUGUUGAUGCAGCAUUUACCAGGGAGACCCUAUGUUUUAGUGAUGUUUUCUGAUGGGUUGAAUAGAAUCAGUUGGGUUUGGGGGUUGAAAUUUAUAAAGAGCUUUAUGAGCAAUGCUAUCAACUUGAAUAAUUUGGUCAAGGUAUUUACAGUACAUGAUUCCUGGUUUAUUAAAUCGAUAACUUCGGUUAUACACAAUUACCACACAACGAAGCACAACAUUGAAGCGAUCAAUUACAUGUUGGAUGCAUUUGCCCUAGAGCCAAAGGGGCAAAGACAUACCGAUGUUAUACAUUGCCGUACAUUGAGUGAAUUGAGUCAUUACUUGAAUAUAACCAUGUUGAAGAUAUCAUUAAAUAUAUACCGGUAUGACUUACAGUUGGAAAGUGAGAUUAAGUUGUCAUUGAAGAUGGCUCCCGUUAUCAACUCCCAUGUCAUGUUAUCACCACAAACGCAUCCGGCAUUUUACCAUCAUGUCUAUCAAUUGCUAAAUAUUAUAAACACGCAUGGUUGCAAAAAGGAAUUGUUAUUCUAUACACCGGGGAAAAGAGAUAACAUUGAUAUCUUGUAUCAGUGUAUUUCGAGAAACCAACUUAUUUGGAUAAAUGAUUGGGAUUUGUAUUGCAUUUCUACUGUCUUUAAGAAAAUACUACUGGAUUUACCAUUUGCAUUGAUACCGCACAAAUUGGUAUUACUACCUAUACAGGAUGAUCUUGAAUACACUCAAGCUAUUUUAAAUGCCAUUAUAACGUCGCAUCGGCAGUACACAAAAACAGUUAAUUACGAUCAAUUGCUAUUACAAUUGUUUCAAGUUUUUACCAAGCUUAUUUCUAAUGAACUGGUUACAAAGCACAGUUCAACUACAAUUGCCAAGUGCAUGGCUCAUUGUUUAUCACAUGAAGUGAUUUCAACUGACAAGAGCCAUGUACUUGUGAUUCAACGAUUUGUCAAGAAUGUGUUGCAAUACUGGGAUGAAUUGAAAAUGUCAUACGAUUACCCUUUAGUUGAAGAUAUUGUUAGUGGAGACUAUCAGGGUAAUAACAUUGAAACCGCAUAUGAGAUGACUUACGAAGUCACCUAUGAAGAUGAUGAUAGUGAUGAGGAAUCUCGGGUGUUAUUUAAUACGAGCAACAUAUUGUAUUCAAAUUCUGAGCUAGAAUUGGACGACAGUGCACAGAUGAAUGGGACUGCUAAACAUGACAACUUCUUAGAGGAAGCUGUUGAGAUAAAGCCAGGUCGGACUUCUAUUAAUAAAUUCCAGUCCCCAGUAAAAGUCAAACAAAUGCCAGACAGUGAAGAAGAUUUACCCCUCAAACCACCAAGACCGGUAAGUAGAGCCCACAGCAAGAGAAAUAGAGAUUUAUCACCAAGUAAAGCUCGCGAACCAAAGGAUGCACCACCAGCUCCAAAACCAAGGUUAUCAAAGCAAGACGCACCUCAUACUACUGUGUUUACAGAUAACAAAGAACCAAUACAACCUAACUUCGACAAGGGAUCUGAAAUGGAGGAUGAACAAUUACUAAAUGACGAAAACAUUGCACCCAAACCAUCAGUUACCACUACCGCCCCCAAAACGCCAAUUCGCUCGCCAAGAUCAACUAAAUCGGGAGCCAAAUUAUCAAACGUGUCCAACCUUCAAUUACAAUACCCACCACAAAAAUAUCAUUUCACUAAACCAAGCCCCUUACCGGUUAAAACACCAACCCUAAAUACUGCCGCUAGUGGACAUAAUGAUCAGGUUGAUGUUGAACAUCAACAUGAAGGCGACUUGGCAGCACCGCCACAAAAGAAGAAACCAGUGAUUAGAGGUCGUAAAGUUUCCCAAUUGGCCAAAUUAUUUGAAGAACGGUCGCAAGGGUUGGAAAUCUUGAACAGCAUGUAG